CAGCCCUCUCCCCGACUUCACUUCAGUUUCGAAUCCCUCGAUCCUUCGAAGCCAUGGCAAAGGAGGAAUGGAGCAUCGCCGACUUCGAGAUCGGGAAGUUCCUCGGAGAAGGCAGAUACGGCAAGGUCUAUCUCGCAAGGGAGAAGCAGAGUGGGUACGUGGUCGCCCUCAAGGUGAUCUUCAAGGCGAAGCUGGAGAAGUACCAAUCGCACGCCAAAAUCAGGCGCGAAAUUGAGAUCCAACACAGCUUGAACCAUUCUAACGUCCUGCGUCUCUAUGCCUGGUUCCAUGACGAGACCCGUGUCUUCCUGGUCUUGGAGUAUGCAGCUCGCGGCGAGCUCUACGAGCUCCUCAGUAGCCUGCACCGUUUCUCUGAGAAGAGAGCGGCCACGUAUAUAGCGAGCUUAGCCGAAGCUCUGACGUAUUGCCACGGGAAGCAUGUGAUUCACAGGGACAUCAAGCCCGAGAAUCUGCUACUGGAUAUUGAGGGUCGCCUUAAAAUAGCAGAUUUUGGAUCAGCUGUGAAAUCAAUUUCUAAAAGGCAAACCCUGUGUGGCACCACUGACUACCUUGCCCCAGAAGUGGUAGAGAACAAAGAACAUGAUCAUGCUGUCGAUAAUUGGACCGUGGGUAUUCUUUGUUAUGAGUUCCUUUAUGGUAUUCCACCAUUUACAGAUGAAGAUGAGCAAGUCACAUUCCGGAGGAUAAUGAACGUUGACCUGAAGUUUCCAUCAAAGCCUGAAGUAUCUACUGAGGCCAAGGAUUUCAUCAGCAAGCUCCUCAUAAAAGACUCAUCAAAGAGGCUCUCUAUUCAAGAAAUCCUGAUGCAUCCUUGGAUCGUGCAAAAUGCUGAUCCUUCAGGUAAGUUGCAAGUUUAGUACAGUGAUAGAACGUUGGUUCAUGGAAUGAAAUUCACAGGAAAUAAAAUAACUGCUCUUGGCAAUGAAAUGAAGGAAAUUAGAAUGAAUAGUAUACUUGUGAUUGAUAAAGGGGAUAGUUUUGAGGAACUUAUUGGUGCUCAUUUGAAGGAGAUGAAAUACAAAGAAAAUGAAACAGUGUAGUUAGAAUGAAGUAAAUAAAUCAUCCAUAUUAAUCACCUUUAAAAUUUAAAAGAAAAUAGUAUGAAAAGUAACAUAAUUCGGUGAAGUUCAAACAAAAUGGACCCCAUUUUUCGUGUAGCAACAUGGAAAUUCAACAUGUUUGAACAAAACGAAGACACAUUUUGAACUCAGUCUGCAGAACUUGUUUUGUGAGUCAGGAUGCAGAUCCUCCCAGUUGGUACUAUAUAUGCUUUAUCCUUUGCAUACAGCAGAACUGUUGCUACCUAGAAUAUUUUUAUAUAUUUUUUAAAUAACUUAAUUAAAAAUACUUAAAUUUAAUCAAAAACAUUUUAACAUAGUUGUAGCAGUCGUGUAACUGUAACAAGUAGCAACCAUUAAAUAUAAUGACUUUUUUAAAAAAAAUAACUUUUUAAAAUGAUUUUAAUAAGCUUAUGUAAUAUUAAUUAAGUUGAAAAAAAUAUUUUACUAUAAAAAUACUAUUUUAAAUUGAGUUAAAUUAAAAAUAUAUUUUAUUUUAAUAUAUCAUAAUUACUCUGUAUAAGAAUGUUUUUAGUAAUAGAAUAUCAUACCACCACCUUAUUAUUAUUAUUAUUAUUAUUAUUAUUAUUAUUAUUAUUAUUAUUAUUAUUAUUAUUCAAUUAGGGUGUCUUUUGACUUUUCCUUCAAUAUAUACUUUUGCCAAGACCAAUCGGAUCCGUGUGAAGGUCUCACCAAUAUAGCCAUGGCUUAUCCUAAAAAGGUUAGAUCUCUGAUUUGUAAUUUCUAAUUUUUUUUUCCUAUCCAUAAUUUGUAUGUCAGAUCAUGAUUAAAAUUCGAUUAAAAUUAACUAUGAUCUAUUUUAGAUUCAUCUUUUCAUUUAGAUUAUAAUUGUGAGUCAAGUUAGGAGGUCGUCAGUGGUGAGCAAGUCGUCCCUUGUUUGGUACCAUACGGUCUAUCGAUCCCUAGUCUCUUCCGGUCGUCUGAUUCAAUCAAAAUUAUAACUUAAGUGGGAAGGUGAACUAGAUGUAGUUAAUUUUAGUUUGAUUUUGACCAUAAUUUGAUGUGCAAAUUAUAAAAGAAAUCAAGGAUUAUCAUCGAGAGGAUAUAGACUCUAUCCUAAAGGGAGGAAAACACAAAAGAUCGAUACAUAAUCUGCGUGACACACUUAGAAAUAGGCUGUCUGAAUUAUUUCUGGGUGUCCUGUAUAUAUUCAUCGGGCACGGAAGAUCAGGCAACAUAUACUUAUCCCUAUUUUAUAUAUGUAUAGAAUUUUUUUAAAAUUUUUUUAGUUUUUGUUUGAUUGUGCUUCUUAAACUCCAAUUACAAGAGAACAAAAGUGCCAGAGUCGGAAGGUAUCGUCGCGAUGCAUGCAGCAAACCCUAGAAUUAGAUUCCAGCAGCGUCUCUUCUCUUCAUGCUCCACCCUCGUGGAUUCUUGUUGGCAUGGCACCGAUUCCAUGCGUGAUCCGGCUGCAUGCUCCUCCAUCAGAUGUCAAUCCAACCGGAGCUGACGCCGACUGUGGCGCGGACUUGUCGGCUAUGUGUCCGACAUCUGACGUCAACUUGUUGGCACAUCAAACUGUGCCUAUGGCUAGCCCUCUCCCUCUCUCUCUCUCUCGAACAAUUUAAUUAAUAGCAUUUUUAAUUAAAAAAAUUGCAAUAACACUGACAAAUGUACUAUUAUUAAGAUAAUGAAAGACAUUAAAUAUUAUUUUUCUAUAA